AUGGACUGCACCGAGAGACUAAAGGCUCUCACGCGGGCCAAGAUUUUCGAAAGUCUGAACCGGAAUCAUACGAGAUCCACAAGUGAAGAUGGGGCCCAGAGGCGAGGAGAUCAGAUACGUACACAGUUUGGGAUAUCAAACCAUCGGGCCGAAACAUCGGAUCAGAAAAAUGACACGAUUGAGAGUGCUCCUGUCGCCAGCGUGAGCCCAUUUGGCGGUGGCGGCAUGGUUGCUCCUGCGAGUAGUCCUGUUGCCAGAGCUCCAAGCAGCCAGGUGCCGACUCCUCCACGUCCCAGCCCGGGACCUUCAUCUUCACCUUCACCUUCACAGCUCCGCUCCGACGAUACCGCCAUCCUUUCUCCAACAUUCUUUUUCCAAAACCUUUUACCUGACGAAUUAUCGCUAAGUUGGUCUAGCAAAAUACAUUACUUCAAGUCCCGUCGGCCCAAUCGGGGCCCCUCAGUCCUCGACGAUGAGCUUCUCACCUCCGCAGCUCCCAUCGCCCCCAGUGGUCGUCCGAUGCAGAAUCCGAUGGUAGCGGCGCUUUCAUCCGGGCAGCGGGUCCCUUCCAAGGCGCGACUUCAAACGGACAAGAACCGAAGAGCCAGUGUCGUCAAGGUUACCAGCCCGGAAAAGCCUUUCAACUCGAGCAGCCCCCCGAUUCCGUCUGCCCUCCGAAGCGUCAACUUCCCUCCUCCGUCCCUCGAGAGCACCUCCGACGAGUCGAGCAGCGAUGAGCCUAUUCUUACAACCCGCGGACAUCAGGGCAGCCUGCACCAUACAGCUCAGAGCGAAAUGCGGAUGAAUUCCGACCCCUCGUCCAGCUACCCGCCUCCUCCCAUGUCCCCAAACGAACUCUUCAACGCUUUCGCAUCCAUGAACACAUUCUCAGUCAGCAACGCGCCUCCUUCCGUGCCCCCGAUUGACCUGCUCGCGAAUCCCGGCCCUGCUUGGAACUUGGACCUUCUUCGGAGCCCUCGACUUGGUCACAUCAUCAGACCACAAGAGGAGAUCGCAGUCAGACUCGGUAACGCGCGCACCCUCGCCCACAACGGUUACCGCGGCCCUUUUAACAUCGGCCGUCUCACCUGCCUCAUCGAUCCGUACACCGGCGAGCCCAACCCCAUCGCUGAGACGCGCCCUGAUACCCGCGGUAAGAUGAUUACGUACGACCUGCAAACCAAGGAGGACAUACACACUGCCGAGCCCUCCGAGACAGGUACCGCCCAGUGGGGCAGGAAGGGCGAGUUCACUGGCUUUCGGGAGUCGAGCGCCGCCUCAGUUGAGGAAACCGAGGACUCGCGGUUCAUGCCUACCGGAAAGGACGCCUGGAUGGGUGUCAGGCUUUGCGAGGGCCCGAAGUCUGUCAUGGUUCACGAUGAGUAUGCCCCGGCUGCGACGCCUAGCUUGGGUCCGGCGCCAUCUUGGAUGAAAGAGGCCAAUGCUGCUCUGGGUAUUCCGAACGAGGAGGACGAGGAUGAAGAGGGCCUCUUUGAAUAUUGCGACUUGGAUUUUGAGGACUGA